AUGGUGUACGACUGCAGUCCAACUCAGCUCACGCUGGCCCUGAUCCCUACCUUCGCGGGACUCCUACACAUGCACCUGGCCUCAACCGGAACGGAGAUGCUCCCCGGUGAGGCCCUCCGUGACUUGGAGACAAGGGUCCAGGCGUUGGCGAUAAUGACAAGGGACCAACUCAUGUGUCUGGCGGCGGAGUUGCUCCCCCCAGACGGCGUCCGUACACUCAUGCAGCACCUGGGCGUUUUGCACGGGUUCGGAGAGUGGGACGAAAUUCGGCGCCGCAGGCCCAGCCAGAGGACUGAGAUCGCAGCAGGAGGAGAUUCUCCCCUGGAAAAGAAUAAGGAGGAGAAUAUUGCCAGCAGCGUGAGAGGAGCCAGCUCCCUUACGAAGCGGCAGACCAAGGAGGUUGAGGGUGGAGAUCCUCCCCCUACAGCCAAAGCCAAGAGUGGAGACCUCAAUGUCCACCGGAUCACAGUUGCCGUGACCAAGCAGCUUCGCGAAGAACAGGAGGAUGCAAGCUGGUUCCGCUUUCCCUAUUCCUCGCCGAAUGCAUUGGCAAAGAAAGGGGAGAAAGCGUUCCACGGAACGCACCUCGAAUGCCUACACGCCAUUUUGGCGACUGGCAGGAUAUUACCAUCAUCCUCCGUCAUCGAAGGUGCCAGGCACUUCGAAGGUCGCCCUGGUGUCAAUCUCCACAAGGAGGUAAAUAGACAUCUGGCGGCGGGCUAUGCUUUGCUAACCCGCUGCGGACCCAAAAAUGUAUUGAUGAGGGCCAUGCUUGAAGUUCUAUAUGACAUAGAUGGCUCUCAAAAGAAAGGAAAACAAACGAACCAGCUAAUUCUGGCCUACGACAGCGUGCAGAUUACAGCCGUUCUCCUACAGAUCGUCACGAAGGAGCACAUGCAGCUGGGGGACCACAUUCGAGAGUGGUCUGGAGGUCUAGAAGUGCCACUCGAAAGCACCAAGGAGGCCUUUGCCUCCUUGGGUCUUGAGAAGACCUGGCAGCCAGAUGUAGGGUACAGAAGCCGGAGCAUCCAGUCUAUCAAAGAAGGAUACGGGACCAGCAAGCUACAGCUGGAGACCUCAUGGAAGUUGUACGCUCCAACGAAAAGAGGGCACUCCAGAACAGAUGUUGAUGACGAAGCCGUCCUGGAAGUACUAACGGAGGAGCAACUCCCCGAAGAAAUCAUUCAUGGAACUCAAUGGAACGGCGUUAUUCUCACGGCUGAAGACGUUCCUCCGGAGGCCAUAGUAUAUUUUCAAAGCUUGCGUGACCAAGCUAAGUACGAUAG